AUCGCUUUCCCGUUGGGGGGAGAUAACGAGAGUCUGGUAGUCAUUGCGAACUCACCUCGCGGACCGCGUGUUUCAAGCCAGCGCGUCCAAACCGUCAAUCAACACUCCGCGUGCCUGUCAGUCACAGAGCCCGAGGGUGUGGGCGUGGCCUAGUGGCGCCUGGGGUUUGAGGUGUCUGGCGAUACAAGCGGCUGUGCCCUCGGCCGCCGUCGCCAGCAACGUCACGGCUGCUUGUGUGGGCCCGUGUGGGCCGAGCCUCUCAAUCACAAGCCCAAACGAUUCUCCUUUUGUGGUGGUUACUACUUACCAACACGUAUUUCCUUUAGUGUGUCGUGAACUAGUCCCCACACAUUCUGAACUCAUCCGAAAAAAAGCGUUUUCUUCUUCAAUGCUUUUGCGUUCGUUUCACCGAGGGAAGCUUAAAACUCGCGGACUGACUGAGGGAAGCUAAUUAAUUCAUUCGAGCCCGACGAAACUCUGGGAGAGUGUCAGCCCCGCUGUGUUGACACUCCGUCAGCACUGAUAAAGAGCUCACGGUCCGGAGACAGGCUGUCUGCACCUCUCGCCGCCAUGGCCAGCCCCGCUCUUCACUCGCCACCGCUGAUUGGUCCGCUCCGCGCAGCCGACCAAUGACGACGCCGCUCCGUCAGACGUAUGAUGUAUCGGGCCUGGAAAUAUUGUCGAUAAGCGAGCCUCCGGCGCUAGGCUUGUCAGUUGCCAUAUAUCGUUUUUCUGCUUGCCUCGCACGAGGGUUUGUUGAGAGAGCCACUUGGUUCACUCUCUAGCCUUUGCUACCGGGGGCCAGCUGUACACGUUGGGAGCGCCACUGGGUUGCAGUGGUUCUUCGUCGGUCGGUCGCCGUGGUGGUGGUGGUAGGCUGCAGCGGUCGAUGUUUUGUGAGGAGAACUGUGAGAGCAAGGUCGGAGGUCACAGCGAGGAGAAUUUCGCUCCGAUGGAAGGCUGGGAGAGGUCCUGCUGCUACUGCGUGUGACAUCGAGGGUUUCUGUCCCGUCUGCCGAGUGGAAUGAGUCUCCUGGCGGCUGGAGCAAGUAACCUUAUAUGACAGUCACCGGGUGGUCAUGUCAGUCUUGUCGUGUGUGUGUUUGUAGCUGUGAAACGAGACGCGAGACACUGACGCCGAGAGAGACGAGGAGGGAGGAGAGAGAGAGAGAAGAAGGACAGACGCUGUGGUUGUUGUCCUGUCUCGCUUUGCAGUAAGAACAUUUCACCUUGUUUUAGUCUCCACGGUUACCAGACCAGCCAGCCUCCAUCGAGGAAGGAGAGCGCAGGAUGGCUUUCCCUCAUCAUUUUUUUCCUCUCGACUACUACGCUGGCCAGGCCCCGUUCUUCUCGCCUCACCUGGGCUAUCACACCAUGUCACCUUUGCUCAAGUUUCCUCUCCGGGGCAACGCUCUGCUGCCCUCAGAGUUCUUGCAUGCAGCAGACCCCUACGGUGCCAUGAGGGGAGUCGGGGUGCCCCCACCGCUGGAUGGUGGGGUGGACGCAGACGUGAAGGAUGACCCCAGCGCUGAACUCGAGGGUCUGGACUUGUGGAAACAGUUUAACAAGCUGGGCACGGAGAUGGUCAUUACCAAGUCAGGCAGGCGAAUUUUCCCGCCAUACAAAGUGCGACUGUCGGGGCUGGACAAGAAGUCCAAGUACAUCCUGCUGAUGGACAUCGUGCCUGUCGACGACUGUCGCUACAAGUUCCACAACGGCAAGUGGAUGGUGGCCGGCAAGGCCGACCCCGAGAUGCCCAGGCGGGUGUACAUCCACCCAGUCCCCAGCACGGGUGAGCAGUGGAUGCAGAAGAUUGUCUCCUUCCACAAGAUCAAGCUGACCAACAACAUCUCGGACAAAAACGGAUAUAACAUCCUCAACUCCAUGCACAAGUAUCAGCCUCGCUUUCACAUCGUGCGGACACAUGACUUGAUGAGGAUUCCAUACAGUUCCCACAAGACCAUCAUCUUCCCGGAAACGGAAUUCAUUGCAGUAACAGCGUAUCAAAAUGAGAAGAUCACACAACUUAAAAUCGAUCACAACCCCUUUGCCAAAGGGUUCAGAGAAAACGGCGGAGGACGUAGAGAAAAAAGAAGAAGUCUCAUGAGCGCCUGUCAGAGCAACUCCGAGUCACACGAGGAGGGGGUCGCGUCGUCGGCCAGCGAUGAAGAUGACGACGACAACGUCGAAAUUUGUGUCGAUGAUGGCGAAGAGGAGUCAGCUCAGAAAGACGAUGUCGCGGCGUCGCAUGACUCCGAUUCAGGCACCGAUGUGGAAGAUUCCCCAGAAAAAUGUCGAGAGAUUGAAGACACGAAUCCACCAGAGGCUCAACCGGAAGUGAAACAAAGCACGCCACUGCGCGUGCCCAGUGUGUACAACAAGCAACACGGCGAACAAGUCUCCCUCCCGCCAUCUCUGGAUCAGCGAAAUUUUGUGUUUGACCAGGGGUCAAGAGAGUGCAGGGGGAAAUCACCCUCCCUGACGCCCCCACCACGUUCUCACCCUUACAUUCAGACUGCUCAUCAACACCACCAUCAACCACACCGUCCAUCCAAGUCGUCGCCGUUGUCGCCAUGCACCAGAACGGUUCCAGAGUCCAGACGAGGGUCCUCCCCGGCGGAGGUAGCUGCAGUCUCGAUGACGACAUGUCACGUGUCACCAGUGUCCCCACCGCGUCGGAAACCGAUUGAUUAUUCGGUCAGCAGCCUGUCCCGUCCGCACGUGGCGGAAGUGACUCCUCACCGGAACUUGACAACCCCGCCUUCGGGGUCAGUGAGUGAGGGGGCGGAGGUGAAGGAAAAUAAGCCGGACUUGUUCGAGAAGGAGAACCGCUUUCUGCGAGAGCAGCGGAAGUGCGCCAAGGACCCACAGAGCCCACCUAACGUCACCGUGUGCCAGCGGGCCAUCGCCCACCCGCUGUACCCGGUGUGCCCUCCCAACGCCCUCUUCCCCAGCGCCUCCUCAGCCUUUCACCACCCGAUGACAUCGCUGUACAUCAACACCGGUCCGUUGUCCGUGGCGGCUGCAGCAGCCGCAGCUGCCGGCCAGCACCGCUCGCCUACUUCUCUCCCACCUACCGCUUUCCCCGUCACCCCCGGGCAGUUGCAGCACGCCAUGGCCUCGCACCCGGAACUGGCCGGCCACCCGGGUCACCCUGCCGCUGCUGCCGCGUUGUCGCUUGCCUCGGCUCACCCACUGACUUUCUUUCACCGCCAGAGUGGAACGCAUCCUCUCUUCUCCACCCGCCUGCCGCACCUCGAUCCCUCACCUCGCUUCCACCCGUACGCCUUGACCCCCGUCACGCCCGACGCCUCAGCUGCUUCGUCCCUGGGACUUCUCUCUAGCAGCCCCAGCCCGGCCAGUCCCCCGGCCCCUUCGGGUGGCUCGCCCUUGUCCCACGGGGGAAGUGGAGGCAGCAGGUUCCACGAAGGUCUCACUCCUCCCGGGGUGGUCAAACCCGUGCCCACCCGCGAUGUGCAUCACAAGCUGACGUCAUCACCGGAAGGCAAAGUGUCGGCAUGACGCCAGUUCCAGGCUCGAAGUACAGAAGCCAGAAGUAGAGGUGGUGGUUGAACCCGUCGAGGACUGUAGAGCCGGACGAAGAUGGUGAAACCACGAACUUGUAUUACUGGACUGCUUGCAGACGAUUUUUUUUUUUUUAGGUAACUACUAAAACGAGGCAGGUGUGUACAAAGCUUCCGGUUUAGUCACAUUCAUUGUUUAUGCUCGCCGCGACUACCAGCGGAGAACUUUGCAAGAGGCUAACCGUUGGUCUCGGCAGACAGACAGCAAUCCUGUACACAUCCGUGGUGAAAACUUCAAAGUCUGUCCUACCUGAUGCGCAUGGCCUGGGGUUGUGACGCAUGCGCCUUUGCGCCACAAGUCACGUGGUAUGUGCCAGCAAACAGUGUAGUAAGGUCACCAUCCCUUUGUCUCCCCAACACCCACCCUGGACCCAACUUGUAGGAUUUUGGGGGUGUGGGGCAGGUGUGGGGGAGACACGGAUAAAAACAAUAUUUCUGGUUUCCUUAAGCUAGAUGUUUGAUUUGCUGCUCCCUAGGGGACAGUGAGUCUACGAUUCUCGAGACAAGUCAGAAAUAUUUCAUGCAGACAAUACUUCGUGGAGAGGGCUUGACCCUGUGAACUGACAUUUUUUCGCCAUUAGAACUGGAAGAGAAGUCCAGUUUAUGCUACAUUAUUUAAAACACGAGCAUACAAAUAUUUGUAGUUCUUGAGUAGAGACUCACUCUUUCUCCUAAAUGUUCCUCGCUACCCUGCAUGUAACUGCCAAGUCGAAACACAAACAUUCGUUGAAUGAAUGUCUACCUGGCUUCUACCAUGGAUGUAAACCUUCUCUUCGACUUGGAACCACUGGAGCAAACUUGGGACGAUGUCAACCAAUAUCGUGUAAAGAACGGCCCACAUGUCCCAAUAAUUGGGCUUUGUUUUUGUUUCUCUUCUAUUUUUUAAAAAGUUUGAUUACUUUAUAAAACUUUAUUUAUUUAGUUAUGCCGAAAUGGCGGUACGAAUGUUCAUUCUGCAAAGAGAAAAGGUCGUCGAGGCAAAAUUAAAUGCAAAAUUUACUUUGUUGGUUUAGGUUUCACGUAAACAGCUGAUCAAAAUUAUUUUCGAAAAGCCACCAGCUAUAAUUAGAAAUUUCAACGGCUUUACAGAAUAUUUAGAAAAAAUAUUAUGUAAGUUGUAAAUUAUACAAUUGAUCACCCAAACUAUUGCUAAAGCUUACUACAGUAGAUGGCAGAGGAUUUUCAAAUUUGUUUGACAAGAGUCGGUGAAAUAUGUUUACCAUGCUUACAAAUGUCCACCUGCCUCACACGCAACCAGUUUAUUUAUCCAGUUCGUACAAGCGAAGUUUGAAGAAGUAAAAAUUAUUUUUUAACUGUUAAACAUCUUUUUUAAAUCCCACACAUCAUUUAAAAUAAAGGUGAAUGAAAAUACACACCCAAAUCAGCUCUGGAAAAUUUCCCCCCACACAGUAUAAUCGCUUCUCUUCUAAUUUAUGUGAUGUUAUGAAAAAUUUGUUAAACUUUAAAAAAUAAAGGCAGAGUGUGGACAUAAAUGUUGAUUAGUGCAGCUUUUUACAAGUUUGAGCGAAAUAAAAAGGUUUUGACAAAAGUCAGUCGAUCCUACAGAAAGGAAAUACUGGGAUUAAUAAAGAAUGAAGAAAUACUAAUAUUUAAGCUCCGAAAUUAUGGUUAUGGCUUAGAAAUAUUAGAUGUCAAAAAACCGAAGCCUUGAUUACAGUUGUAUAAAGUAUUUUUCCUUACUUUAAUGGAGUCAGGAAAAUAUUUAGUAGCAAGGGGAUCCUGGAAGGAAGCAGGCGUUUAACCUUACACUCACAAACUGUGACCCCAGCGGAAUACAGAAAAUUUGUGGGCGAUUAAACUGCCAAGAAAGCAUAAAGCACAACAUCAAUAAUAAUUAAAUGACUCAUUCUCCUUCUCACAAAAAAGAAAAAAAAAAAGAAAAAAAAAUGUUUGAAAAUUGUGGAGGACUUACCUGCCAGUCUGUGAUACAAGAAAUUUCUAAUCUCGAACUUUGGUGUUUAGUAAUAUAAAAAUCUUGUUGUAUAUUUCUAAUUUUCUUCUAAGAAAAUACUGAGUUGUACAUGAAGUGUGUUUUAGUGAAAUUCUCUUAUUUCUGAUGUACAGAGAGUGCGGCUUGUUGUUGAUGUGUGAAUGACAUGCCGUGCGGUGAGUUUUCCCUUGUAAUAACUUUUUCUUAUCGUCACCAUUUCCCCCUUUCCGUGAAAAAAAAUUAUUUAAAAUGUCUAGUUUUUGCUUUUCUUUCUACUCUCUGUUCAUUUCUCUCGUCUCUCAUUCAUCUUGUUUAUUAUGUUGAAUAAUAAAAAUAUGUCAGGGUAGUUACGGUUGGUUUUUUUUUUCAUGUCUUCUCAUUCAUCAACGAUUCUUUUCCUGUCCUUUUAUUUUCUCAUUUCUUUCUCCUCCAGGGUGUUUUCUACCCACGGAAGCUCGACAUGACAAAACAAAGAAUUUUGCAUACUUUACGAUCGUUUUGAUUUUUCCUUGCAAUUCAUGUCUUGAUUUUUCGAUUUACAACUAUUAGAAUUAAUCACCUGAAUGGAGUAGGAAGCAAUAGAAGCAAUUCACAAACAGGAAAUUCUUCCGCCUAGAAAAACAAAAUCCAUGCGCUGUGUGAGAAUGUUCUGAUAAUUAAGUCCCUACGAACGGACUAAUUAUCUGUUAAUAGAAAAAUUGCGCGUGGUUAAAACAUCUGCUAGGUUUGAAAGAUGGUUGACUUUUUUGUAAUUAGCAAUAGUAAUUAUUUGAGGUCGAUUUUAAAUCAGUAAUUAUCAAGCUAUUACAAAAUAAUUGUGCGUGCGUGUGUUUGUGUGUUAGUCUCGGAUUUGGAUCCAGUGAAGCUUGAAAACUAUUUAGUGCAGCAGGAAUGUCAAGGCUCUCAAAUUUUUGUUUAUGUUUACUACUACUGUUGACAUUUGUCUUUGUCUGCUCCCUACUUUUUGCAAUGAUGACUAACCAAACCUGUUGUACGGAUCCGCGAAAUGUGCUUUCCACCUGUGCGCACCUGCACACGGGUAUCUUGUUCACAUGUGAGAGAGAGAAAGAAAGAAAAAGAGAAAUUGGCAGAGUAUUUUAUAAGUUCUGCAAUUAUUAUUAUCAUUUUUUUUUAAGCGAGAUAGAAUUCAGUUCAUGUUGGAACCAUGAAGUCCGACAUGUACGAAGCUUUCUUUGCUUACCUCUGGUCACCUGUUUGCUGUCGUGCUAUAUAAGGGUGGAGGUGUGUUUGAUGAACACCAACUCAGGUAAAAUGGUGAUUACUGUGUGUGAGGCGCUCUUACCUACUUGAUGGCAUUGUACCUGAGUUGUUUUAUCUUAAUUGAAAAAUAAUUCCCCUGACAAGAUGUUUAAAUGUAGCAGGGGUACAGGGUGAAGAAAUUUCUUUAAAAAAAAAAGUCGUAUGUAACUGCUAUGAUGGUAACCAUGACAACCGUUCUGGUCGGAACGAGUAACAGUAACCUGCGCGGCCUGUGAUUUCUUUGUAGCUUGGAACACGUGACCUCUGCUUCAGGGAGAUGCUGACCCCCGACAGAAGCAGGAGGAUGUGGGUGGGGACGGUUUGGGCCUCUGUAGAUGUGUUGUGUGCAAUAUGUACAUAGUUGCUGCAUACUUGCGGACUGGCCAUUGUCAAGCCUCCUCACCUGGCUGUCAUUAAAAUGAGGGGAAAAAUCAAA